CAGAAUUCCUUCUUCUCCUUCUCCUGUCUCAUCUCAUCCCAUCCCAUCCAAUCCAUCAACUUGCUUUUCAAAUCACAAACUUUUUACCCUCUUCUGAGCUCUCUUUACAUACACACAUACACGCCACGCUCUCUCUCUCUCUCUCUGCUCGCUGGCUCGAUCACCACUGCGCUUCCGAUCAGGGAAUUAAUUCAGGACCAAAGCUAUCAAUGAGGAGUACUGUCUUACAAGGCCAGGACCUAUGGCCUAUAAGGAAGACCCUGACAUCAUCUGACGUUGAUGUCACUCAUCCAUUCCUCACUCUUUCUCGCCAAGCAGUUGAGGACCAUAUUCUUAUACAUUUCACACCAUUUGUUCGAGACCAUUUAAGAAACACACAUGAUGUAACAAUUAAUGUCCAUGAUGAUGAUACCGGCGAUAAGUACCUGAUGAAGCUGAAAUGGCGUGUGAGUUACUACAAUCUUAUUGGGAAAUGGGGAAAAGUUAUUAGAGGGAAGGGACUUGGUGUUGGCAAUGAAAUAAUGAUCCGUUGGGUUAAUGGUUGGUUGCAUUUCUCUGUUCCUCAAGAGCUUAAUGUUGGCAAUAUGCCACCGAUGCAAACUGUUUCAGCACCUCCACAUCCAGUACACUGGCCUAUUAAAAAGGUUUUGACAUUGUCUGAUAUAGAUACCAACCAUCCCUUCCUCCCUUUGCCUCAACGACCUGUUGACGAGUAUAUUCUUGUACACUUAACACAGCACGAACGAGAAUGUCUGAGAAAUGAUGAGCAAGUAGAUAUGAAUGCCCGAGAUGAUGACACUGGAGAAAUUUAUCAAAUGAAGCUGAAAUGGCGCGGAAAUAGCUAUAACCUUAUUGGAAAAUGGGGGAAAAUCAUUCGGAAGAGGGGACUUGGUGUUGGGAAAGAGAUAAAAAUAUGUUGGUGGAACAAGUGUUUGCAUUUCUCAAUUCCGCAAGAACAAUUUGUUGCAGUAAACCCAGGAUUAGAUUAUUGGCCCAUUAGGAAGGCCCUCACAUUGUCAGACAUUGAUACAAAUCACCCAUUUCUCACUUUACCUGGAAAGGCUGUUGAAAACAAUAUUUUGUUACUUUGGACUCUCCAAGAUCGAGAUCAACUGAGAAAUGAGAGGCAGCUAACUAUUAAUGCUCAAGAUUAUGACACUGGUGAUUUUCAUACAAUGAAGUUAAGGUGGCGUGGGAGCUACUACAAUCUUGUAGGUAAAUGGGGUAAACUUGUUCGGGAAAAGGGGCUUACCAUUGGAAGGGAGAUUAAAUUACGCUGGGAGCAUGGGUGCCUAUUCUUCUCAUUUCAGAUAUAAUGAAGACUCUCCAAAGAAAUGCAUAUGGAAAGAUUUACAGCAAGUUCACUGAUUUCAGGAGACAAGACACAACCAAUCAUAUGUAAAAUAAGCAAGAGGCUAUGUCACAGUACUAGAUGGAUAAUAAAUUAUCGUGGAAUAAGUGAAAGAGAAAGAAGAUCAACUGGGUACCAUAUCAAGGCACCAUUUGUCAUUGAUUGACAGAUCAGGACCUUAAAUUUGGCUAGUAGUGAUGGCGGCAUAUUUUCUUGAAAUCAGUCGGGGUUUAUUCCCUCCUUGCUAGCACAAUAUCAUAUCAAGAAGCUUUCAGUUAGAAGUGAACUUGAGACUUCUCCUCUCAAGUUCAACACGCUUUCCACUUGAGAUGUGAGUUCCUCAGCUGAGUUCGUUAUCUUCUUGAGUUCAUUAAACGCAAUGACAUAUUGUUCUAUACCUAUCCCAAUUUAUUGUCCAUUGACUGAUUGGUUCAUUAAUCAUGUUGCAGCUGAAGCGGUGCAUAGGAUUCAAGUGGUUUUGUGCUUUGAGGAAAGCUUGUUGAAGGCGGGGGGGCAUGUAGAGCUUUCUGUUGUGGAUUGUGCAAGUAAGUUUGAACUGAUUCAGAAUUUUUGGUCCUAUAAGAAGUUUCUUAGUUCUUACUAAAGAAUUGAUAAUGAUGAUCAUCAAGAAUGUGUCAUAUUUAUUUCUGAAAAGUAAUGACUGGGCUGAUAAUUUGUUAAUUAUUAUCACCCAUUAAGUGCA